CGCGCACCGGGCUCGGGCCGCCCUCCCUCCGCCCGCCCUCCGCGGGAUGUGCCGCGACCUGCCGCCGGCACAGCGGGCGUCCACCAGGUAAAUUGACACAAUGUGGAGCAGCAAGUCUAAUGAGGUGCCUCUACAAAAUCCAAGGCAUAACCAAAGCAAGGAUUCUACCAGAGAUCUAACUGCAGCAUGGGCUUCUAUUUCUCAGACUAAGGCUGCUCUACGUCAUAUAGAGAACAAAUUGGAAAUAGCUCCCACCAGCACGGCUGUGUUUGAUUCAGUCAUGGAUGCCAAGAAGCCCUCUGCUAGUGCCAGCAGGAAGAGCAGCAGGAAGGGUUCCAGGUCCUCCAGCCAAAAUAAAUCAAGCAAGGAGAAGUCCUCACGCAGCCCUCUUCGAGCAACCACUCUGGAGAGCAAUGUGAAAAAAUGCAGUCGUGUGGAAUUCCGUGAGCCAUUGGCUUCCUACAGUUCUAGCCAGCUUGAGGCCAAGCAGCUGCUGUCGUGUUUGGAGCUGAGUGAAGCAGAAGGGAAGAGUGAACUCCCAGCCUGUGUGGCACAUGAGCAGGAGCAGCAGGAUUGGCACAGCAGAGCCUUUGACAGCCGCAUCCCUUAUGCUGCAGACGAGGAGACCAUCGUGAGGUACCUCAAUGACCGACCCACAGUCAAUGCCUUGCAGAGUAAUGAGCCUUUUCCCAGGCUGGCAGCACUGUCAAGACUGGAAGAAGAAAAAACCAGUGGCUCCAGGGGAGAUGAGAGUAGCACUAGAGCUUCUCAGAGUACCACAUCCCAGGACAGUGAACUGAAAGUGUCUUCCCCUUCUGCCUCGAGUAUUUGCAGCGCUCACAGGCUGGAAAUCCUCAAGCAGCGGCAGCACGAUGCCAAGCUGGAGAAGCUGAAGGAGAGGAUCCGAAGGCAGUGGGAGCAUUCUGAGGAGCUCAGUGGCAGAGGGCAGCACUUGGGCUAUGCUGAGCAGCCUGUCAUGGUCACUAACGUGGAGAGCACGGUGACUCCCAAGGUCAGGAAGGUGACAGCUGUGCCUGCUGCUCCAUCUUACAGAGGUUUCAAUCCUGCUGAAACAAGGAUUCGCACUCCAGAUGGAAAGAUCUGGCAUGCAGAUGAGUUUCGUAUUGGUCGGGAGCUUUACAGAGAUAUUGCACUCCAGUUAAAAGAGGAUGCAACAGUGAAAGGAAAAUCUAGUGAGCGAAACAAAGAGAAGAAAUCUACAAGACCAGUGCGGAAAGUGCAAAAACUGACACGAUUGUCAAGUCCAGAGUCCAAACAAGGUGGAAACUAUGUGAUAAGUGCAUCCUCCUGGCGGGAGGGACAAAAGCUGGUAAAAAAGAUCCUGGGUCCAGCUCCCAGAAUAGAACAGGACAGAAGAGCUGUAUCCAGUGACAGAACAGGCCGAGAGAGAGCUGCCAAGUCUGCAGGCUGCAUUGGAAGGACAGGUUCUGAUUCUAGAUUGGAUGCUACCCGUAAAAGCUCUUCAAGAAGUUCUGAAAGGUCAAGAAGUAAAGUGCGGUCUGAGACCAAUCUGAGAAAACUGGAAGCUGCUCUUCCAGGUGAUAACCAAGAAGAUCAUGCCUCUGUAAACAAGGACUUCCUGCCCGUGGAGAUACGUGGGAUUCUUGAUGACCUGCAGUUGGAUUCCAUGGGUACAAAGCAAGAGACAGAUGUGGAAAAGCAGAAUCAAAAACCUGUUUUGCCCACUCAAACUCUGAGGAGCCACAGUCCAACCAAAAGGAAACCAGACAAGGUAGCAGCCAGUGAGGAGCCUCAGGUGAUCUCCAAGAAACGCCACUACGACAGCGAUGAGGUUCGGCAGUACAUCAUCAGGCAGCAGGAGGAGAGGAAGAAGAAGCAGAAUGAAGAGAAGAAAGCACAAAAGGAGGCAACAGAACAAAAGAACAAAAGGCUCCAAGAGCUCUACAGAAAGCAGAAAGAGGCUGUCACUAAAGUGAAGAAUGUGCCUCCUCCUGAGCCUUCAGCAGCCAAACGGUUACAGGAAACCUAUUCCAAACUGCUGGAACGAACACUUUUAGAAGAGCCACCUCAGCAGCCUACAGUGCAGGAAACACAGCCCAGACCUGGUUAUCAGCCAUCUGGGGAAUCUGACAAAGAAAACAAGGCUCAGGAGCGUCCUCCGAGUGCAUCUUCCAGCAGUGACAUGUCCCUUUCAGAACCACAGCUGCCACUACUGAGGAGUGAUCUGAUGGAGCCUCCAUGGGUACAGCCAGACAGGUUGAGCCCAAGAGUCCAGCUCCCCCACCCACAAGCUCUCUUGGGCUCAAGUGGAGGCCCCUGUUCCCAGCACUGGAGUCUGGAGCAGAUGGACCUUCUGUCAAAGGAGUGUGAUGCAAUGCUGGCAGGCAGGAGGAGCCAUUCUGCCCCUGUGGGGACCCUGGUGCCUCAGUUGUACAUGAAUUCAUCUGCUGCACAGGAAAACCUCUUGGUAAAACCUUCUGCCAGCCAGUAUAAGAGCAAAUUAGAUCGCCUUGAAGCUUUGAAAGCUACAGCUGCUUCCCUUUCUAGCAGGAUUGAAACUGAAGCCAAAAAGUUGGCUGGUGCUGGUAUCAACUAUGGUACCACGUGGAACUCAGAAUUUAUGCAAGAAAACCAGGAUGAGGGGCGGUGGGCAAAGGCUGUGAGUCCUCCUGUGAGGGAGGAAAAUGAAAAUACUUUUUCAGCCAGAAUUCAAAGGAUGUUGGGUGCCUGCGUGUCUCAUACAGCCUUUGAUGACAGCCUUCCUGGGGUAGGCAACCUUAGUGAGUUCAAAAAGCUGCCUGAGACCAUCAGACCUCUUACUGAUGUAAUCAGCCUUGGAUUGAGGUCUCCUGCUGCUAACAGGCAUGAAGGGAUCCUGGGACAUUUAUCCAAGAGGCAGAUGGAUUCCCCAGGGCGUGAGAGCCAGGCAUAUCCUCUGGGCAAAGCUGUUACUCCUCACGAGUCCAGCAUUGACUCCAUCAGUGAAGGGCCUCUCCUGAGUGAUGAAAACCUCUCAGAAGAGGAAGGAGGCCAGCAAAAGCAGCUGCCACUGAAGAUGCUGGAGACAUUAAAAGAGAAGGAUUUUUGCAUUCGGGAGAGAAAUGCUUUUGAGCCCAUCAAGGAGUUUCAGAAAGCAGCUGAGAGAUACUCCCCACUUUUCACUCAGACAAGUGACACACACAGCAAGGGGCCCUGGGAGGAACUGGCAAAGGGAAGUCCUCACAGUGUCAUCAACAUCUUUGCAAAGAAUUACCAACUUCAUGGAAAAGUGUUUGAAGAAAGGCUGAACGGGGGCUCUGCCCUCCUGCGCCCUCUGCUCCCUGCCAUGAGCCCUCCCGAGAGCGUGGCUUCUUACGAGGAUGACUUUGCCUCCUCUCAGGGCAGCAGCACUUUAACAGACAAAAAGAUUUCACGUGACCUCAGUGUUGGUGGCAGCAGUAAUUCAAGCAUUCAGGAAGAAAUUCCCAGCAGGAAGUCUCCCCUUGAGCCUCCCCUUGGCUCUCAGCACUCAUCUGGACCCCGGUCUGCAGCGUCCUCUCGCUCCUCUGCUUCCUCCAGAAAGAGGGGGAAAAAAGAAAGGUUGGAUGCUUUCAAUGGAAGCUCUCACCACUUUUCUGUGGAAGAAGAUAAAAUACUGUCUGAAUUAGAGAGGGGAUCCCAACAAGCUAAGAAAUCCUUACUGAGUAGCAGAAUUUCUAAUAAAGAGCAUGAGCAGAACCCAGAUACAGACAGCACACUGGAAAACUUGUCUGGACACUCCCUGAUGAGUUUCUCAGACAAGGGAAGACCCCAGAAGACACCAACUUCUUCCCCAUCUUCUGGCUCCCAGAAAAUGUUGCAGUUGGAUUCUGCAGGCAAUACAGCAGAAAGAGUCAAGUCACCUGCUGGCUUUUCUGGAGGUUCAGCCCCAGGGCUGAAGCCGAACGUGGCCUUCCCUGACGGUGGCCUGGGAACCAGCAGGUCUGCAGCAGGAGCAGCCUCAGCAAGCGGGUGCAUGCGCUUCUCCCCCGCGGGGCUGCAGCACCGGCUGUCGGCAGAGCUGAACUACCUGAGCGCUAUCGAGGAGUCCGUGCGGCAGCUCUCGGACCUGGAGCGCGUGCGGGGCAUCUCCCUCGCCCAGCAGGAGAGUGUUUCCUUGGCUCAGAUUCUCAAGGCACAACAGCAGCGCCAUGAACGGGACUUGGCUCUUUGGAAAAUCAAGGCUGAACAAGAAGCUCUAGAAAGUCAGAGACAAAUGGAAGAGGCAAGGCAGAAGGCAGCCCAGGUCCAUGCAGAGUCCCUGCAGCAGCUGGUGCAGUCACGGCAGGAGGCUGGGCAGGAGCCCCCGUGCAAGGCUGCAGCCAAACAGGCAGAACCUGCACUGCUCUCUGCAGAUGCAGCUCACCAGCUCCGUGAGGUGACAGAGUCAGCACGGGACACUGUCAGUGCCCCGGCUGCUCCCGGCCCCGCCUUGUUUGACCACCAGCGGCAGCACCACUCAGAGUUCAUGAAGCAGCUGAGGGCCCGAGCUGAUUCAAACAGGAAAUGUGAAUCUACUGCCAUAUCACAAGGUAAAGAGGAGACUGGUGACUCAAAACAGACAUACUCACCAAUGUUUGAUAGUUACUCUGAGUCCUCAAGAUCAAAGGUUCACGAUCAGAGUAGUACCAGCAGCCGCCAGGAGAGCCCUUCAGUUCCAUCUUCUAAGGAGAAUGAGAAGAAGCUUUCCCGUCGUGAGAAGACAGCCAGCAGUAUUGAAGAGCAGGCUCACACUGCUGCAGAUGAUUCCUUGCCCAGUGACAGUGUUUUGUCCCUGCCAGAUGAAAAAGAUUCUGCUUCUGUUGCAACAGAGUAUUCCCUGAAAUUUGAUGAGUCCAUGACAGAGGAUGAGAUUGAAGAAAAAUCUUUUCGGUCUUUGCUGCCCUCUGAGAGUCAUCGCAGAAAUAAUCUGGAGAAGAAGCGAGGCACUCGUGAUGAUUCUGAUGAGGAAGUGUCCCCAGACAAAACAGCUCUGUCAUCUAUCAAGGAGCUAAGUAUGCCAUUCUCAGGGGGGCAAGACAGUUUCUCUAAGUUUACCAUGGAGAUGGUAAGGCAGUACAUGAAAGAGGAGGAAAUGAGAGCAGCUCAUCAGUCCUCACUGCUCCGGCUCCGGGAGAAGGCUCUCAAAGAGAAGACCAAGGCUGAGCUGGCGUGGCUGGAACACCAGAAAAAGCAUUUGAGAGACAAGGGAGAGGAUGAUAAGAUGCCUCCUAUUCGAAAGAGGCAGCGUGGACUGCUGCUGAGAUUACAGCAGGAAAAGGCAGAAAUUAAACGUCUCCAGGAGGCAAACAAGGCUGCUCGCAAGGAGAGGCAGCUCAUCCUGAAACAGCAGGCGGAAAUCGAGCGAAUCCGCCAGACUACGAUGAAGCUGCAGGAAAAACUGAAGUCUGCAGGAGAAAACAAGCUGGAGCUUCCCAGUGAGGAUGACAUCAAGCAGAGCAAUGGUUCCAGCCCACUUCCAACUGAUGCAGAAACACGCAGCCCUUCCCCAAUCUCCAUCUCCAGCAGUGAGACCAGCAGCAUUAUGCAGAAGCUUAAAAAAAUGCGCAGCAGAAUGGAUGAAAAACACUGCUCUCCUGUUCACUACUUCUUCUCUGUCUUUACGUCUCACCACUGGGCCUCUCUCAGUGUCUGUUUUCCCAACCUCCACCCCAAAUUCCAGCUGUAUAUCUACAACCAAUUGGUCAGGUUCCUGACCAAGAGGGAGCAGAAGCUGAUGCAGCGCCGGCAGCACGCGGAGGAGCUGCUGGAGUGGAAGCGGCGCCUGGAUGCCGAGGAGGCCGAGAUCCGCAGGAUGGAGAAGCAGGCUCUGGCUGCCUGGGACAAAGAACUGCUCAAAACCAAGAUGGCCAAGAAAGAGCUGGGGGAUCAGAGGGCUGAGCCCAAAGAAACAGCUAGUGAGGAAGAGUCUCCAGUGCCUUCUUGCUCUCAUCUGAAUAGUGAAAGCUCUAUCCCAGAAGAUCUUGGCAGUCUCGUGGCUGAGUCUGUCCCUUCAGAGCCUAUGGGCCAUGGACAGCCAGAAAGCCCAGAUCAGAGUACAAUUAAUGAAGAAAUUGUUUAUUCUGAAGAUUUCAAGUCCUCUACAUCACCUGGCAAACUGUCUCCUCCCAAAAGCAGCUUAUCUGUAUCAAAGCAAGACUCCAGCAAAGGCAGCCACAGAACUGGAGGACAGCUACAUUCACCUGUGAAGUCCUACCAGACAUCUCACAACUGGUCUGAUGAAUCUUUAUCUAUGACACAGUCAGAAACCACCUCUGAUCAAAGUGACAUCGAAGGACGCAUCAGGGCCCUGAAGGAUGAGCUACGGAAAAGGAAAUCUGUGGUUUACCAGCUGAAAAAGGAGCAGAAAAAGAGACAAAAAGAGAGACUGAAGGCCCAGGAAGCCAGUUUGAUCAAACAACUGGAGUCCUAUGAUGAGUUUAUCAAGAAGACUGAAGCAGAGCUGAGCCAAGAUCUGGAGGCAUCACCAACAGCCAAACCUCAGAUCAAAACUCCAUCCUCAGCUGCUGCUGAAAAACCUAAGAUCAAGGCACCACCACUCCAUAGGCCUGAAACAGCUAAAAACUGGAAAUCACUGACUGAGUCAGAGAGAUCCAGAGCAUCUUUGGAAUCCGUUUCAGAACAUGCAGAUGCUGUGUCAUCAAGGACUGAGAGAUCUGUGUCUGUACACACCAAGAAGGUGGCUGUGACAGCUGUCCAUGCAGGAGAACCUUCUGAAACAGCUUCCUUGGCUUCAGUGUUACCAAAGAGUUCCAGAGCAGGAUCUGGUGAUUCCUCAGAUCGUCUCAAAGAAAUGAAAGAUAUUAGCAGGAGUCUUGAGUCAGUGAACAAAGUGGUAAAUGCAUCCAGUGUUGGUCCUACCAUUAGCCAUGAAUCUGAGAUUACAGAAGAUCUGGAAUACAUAAAGUCAGAGGAAUAUGAGAAUGGAGGUUCUGAUGUUAAGCCCGUGGACAGUUCUGACGUCUUGCUGACGUUAGAUGAAGGACAGGAGAGUUCACUGGAUCACUGCUCUGAAAACAAACUCUCUCAGAAGGAACUGUUAGAUGUAGCUGUGGAAGGUCUUCAUGAUACAGAAGAAAUCUUAAAACAGAGACAGUCCAAUAAAGAUGCUUUAAGUGGCCCAAGCAUAGAGGAGACUUCUCACAAACUCAGCAAAUCUGCAGAGGAAAAAGGUGAUCUGCUUUCUGAGCAGCUCUUGAGUCAAAAAGAGCCAUCAUACCCCGAUGACUUUGAAGGAUCCUCUUCCAGAAAACAAGCCUCAUCUGAACAAACACUGCCUGGGGACCGCUACAGAGAUGACUUUGAGGGAUCCCUGCUCUCUGCUGAUGGGAAGUCCCUGAGGGAGCAGUCCCAGCACAGCCAGGCCAGCCUGGGCAGCGAUGGCGAGAUCAGCGAGUGCCUCAGUGACAGGUCUGUCUCUGGCAGCACACACUCAGAGAGGCUGCUGGAACUGAAGUCCCCAACAGAGCUUCUGAAAAAUGCUGAACGCAGAGAUGUGCAGCAAGAACAGGCUCCUGCUUGUUCACCUCUGUGGGCCUCAGCUUCAGUCACAGAAGAAGCAGAUAGCUUGUCCAAUUUCAACAUUGGAGACAGAGUACUUGUGAGUAAAGUCCAGCCUGGAACGCUGCGGUUCAAAGGGCUCACUAAAUUUGCCAAAGGGUUUUGGGCUGGUGUGGAGUUGGAUAAACCUGAAGGGAACAACAAUGGAACUUAUGAUGAUAUUAAAUAUUUUGAUUGCAGAGAAAAGCAUGGUAUUUUCGCUCCUCCUCAGAAAAUCUCUCACAUUACAGAAAGUAUUGAUAGCCACUUAGACACAAAUAAGGAUGAUGAAGAUUCAUUCUUUGAUGAUAGACUGGAGAAACAACACAAAACUGAGCAGAAAGAUAGAGAAAGUUCUAAACUGGGCAAAGAAGCUGAAAGCCAGAGCAGAAAUGCAACAGAGAACUAUUCCCAGGAUAAAGCUCCUGUGGACACAGCUGUUUCAGAAGCCUCAGCUGAGGAAAGGGUUGAAGAGGAGUUGUCAUCUAAAGCAAACAGCAUAAAAGAGAUUUCUGUAGCUACUGGUUCAUUUGCCCAAGAACAGUCAGUGGUGAAUUACCUGAAGGAUGCUGUAAAAGAGGAGGCUGGCCACACUCCUCUCACUUCUAGUGUUGUGGAUGAGAUUUCCACUGCUCAGGUGGAUGAUGUAUCAGAUUUCCUUUCUGAAAAACUGGAGAGGCAGAAGACUCUGGGGGAGGAAUGUGCUGAAAAGUUAGAUGAUCUCUCUCCUGGUGUUGUGGAGAAGCCUGCAACCCCACUGCUGGAUUUGCUGACAAAAGAAAAGAACCAGUUAGAAGCACAGCUCAGCCUGCCUCUUAGAGAGGAAGAAAAGUCAAAAGACCAACUGGAAAAGGUCAGUUUGCUGACAGACAGUCUGCUAAGAGAUUUUGUGAAAGACACAGUCAAUCAGUUACAGCAAAUAAAGAAGAUCAAAAAUGAGAAAAUCCAGCUGAGCAACCAGGAGCUCUGUGAUGUGAAGGAGGAAGCCACUACUCCACCUCAGCAGGUGGAAAAGCAGAUUCCAGAUGGACUGAAUAACUUCUUCCUAAGUUCUGAUUUGGAAGAUGACAGAGAAGAGCUUUCCUCUCCAGACAUGUGCCCCAGACCGGAGAGUCCCGUGUUUGGUGCCAGUGGCCAGGAGGAGCUUGCCAAGAGACUGGCAGAGCUGGAGCUCAACAGGGAGUUCCUGAGUGUGCUGGGAGAUGAUCAGGACUGGUUUGAUGAGGACUAUGGCCUGAGUUCUGGUAAGCUGCAGCAGAAGCAAGCUGAGGAACCAGCAGUGCUGCCCCAGGCAGAGCCGCAGAAAGUGCCGACCAAGCCGAGCGAGGAGGCCCUGGCGGUCCCUCACACUGCAGUGGAGGUGGAAGGGAUGGUGCAUGCAGCAGCUGAGGAGCUCUGGAAACUGAAAGAGCUGGGUCAUGAUCUUCAAAGCUGCAGCCUUAAAACAGAUCUUAAUGGUACCCUCCAAGAGCAGGACACAGACACCAUAAAUAAGCAGGUUUAUAGAAAGGUGGUAUUUGAUUUAACAAGAGAGAUCUUUGGGGAAAUCUUCGCUGAGGAUCCUAAUCUGAAUCAGCCCAUUUGGAUGAAACCGUGUAGGAUCGCAUCUGCUUAUUUUCGCCGAGUCAAAGAUCCAAAUGAUCUGGAUGAAAUCAAGAACUUCAUUGCAGCUGAAGUACUGAAGCUGUUCAGCCUGAGGAAAGAGCCUAACCACAAAACAGACUGGCAGAAGAUGAUGAAAUUUGGGCGGAAGAAACGAGACCGGGUGGAUCACAUACUGGUGCAGGAACUGCACGAGGAAGAAGCGCAGUGGGUGAACUACGACGAGGAUGAGCUGUGUGUCAAGAUGCAGUUGGCAGAUGGGAUCUUCGAGGCCUUAAUCAGAGACACUGUUGAUGUACUGAACCAGAUAAACGAGAAACAGAGGAGGCUGCUGCUUGUCUGACAGUGCUGGAGCGAGCUCAGAGCUGCCAACCAGGUCAGGCCUCCCUGACUCCUGACCUGCUCUCCUCCCUGCACGUGCUGCAGCUGGACUUCCACGCGUGGGGUUCCCAGGCAGUUCAGAUGGGAUGAAAAGAACCUGAACUGGCUGCCAAGACCUUGCACCAGAUUUAUUGUUUGGAACAAGCUGAUCCCUCACUUGAGGCUGCUUUGAGGAGUGCUCAAGACUGUUCAUGUGCCAAUGCAGUUAUGUCACAUAACUGUCAGAGGCUGCCCGGGGCCCUGGCCUGGGGCUUUGAUAUGUUUGGCUUGUUCCCUGAAAGGGUUGGGUUAAGUUGGGGUGUUGGCUGUUUUGCUGGAAUGGUGGUCACCCAUCAGUACUCAACUUGUCUUUAGAAAUGUGAGUAAUUUGGAGAAGCAACAGUUUGGUCAGGUUUUGGUCAUAAACAGAGACUUACCAUACUGAACAGUGUUAUAAUCUUAACACGUCUUCUCCUGCAGUCCUAACAAUGUGCAUCAGUUCCUUCUGCUUCAGAGCCUAUUUAAUUCACUUCUCUGUGAAGCUGGUUUUCAUCUUUCUUCUGUGAUGUGGUACCAAGCAUGGUGCCAGCCCAGUCCAGGGAAAUUAGAUGAUGUUUCUUCUUGCCUACAAGUAAAGAAUUCUUGCUGCUUUGCUCUGAGGCAGAGCAAGAUAAAGCCUGCCUAAUGUCAAGUGUGAAAGAUGAGCCCGUGGACAACUUUCCUCCUACUGUGUAGCACUUCUCUUCCUGGAGCACCAGCUGCUCCCAGAUAAUGGAUACUCAGGAUUUUCUCAGGCACGAGACAUGCAGGAGUGGAAAAUAUUUCCUCACAAAAAUUUGGCCUUCAAUCCCUCAGCUUUCUCCCUUACUGUCACCUAAUGAAAUUGGAGAAGCUGUUACUUGAACAAUUUAGAGAACAGAGUGUAUUCACCAAAGAAAGCAGUGUCUGGUGCUUGACUGUCUGCAUGUUUUGUGCUUGUGGGUUUUUUAUUUAUUUUCAGAUAAUUUAUUAAGUGGAUUACAGGAGAGUGUCCUGUGCAGUUGGCUACACUGUCUUGUGUUUUGAGACAGACAAACUUGAGAGAGCAUCUGGUUUAGAAAGUUCCAGAGCCCCAUAUUCUUCACACAAAACCUCCAGCUUCAUGAGGCAGAUGCAGGGGGUGAAGGUAGGAACAACCAAACCUCAGUGACCAAGGGUGGGAUGCAAAGACAGGUCUAGGAGUGGAGCUGGAAAACCAAAACACCUGGUUCAGAGACAAUGCAGAAUUGGGGGGGCUGAGCUGAAAAAUUGUGUGAAAAUUCCCAGCUCUUUCUAUUCCCUUCCUUUCCCAGAACUUCUGCACCGUACUAUGUGGUUGAUUUUGGUUGAUUUGGCUGGAUUCAUCUGCAGUGUCAUUCUGCUGAGUGCUGGUUCCUGACCUGUUCUUCUUGUUGUUGUGUUUUUCUUGGAGGAACAUGGACAAUCUGGGGUCAAACGUUGAUGCCUUAAUAGUGGAUGUCCCUGUUUGCUAACCUGGGACAAGGCCCAGAGGGAAGUCAGAUUCUCCAGGCACUGGAGUGCAGACAGACACUUUGAAGCCCUCAGAGGUGCCCCAAAGAUGCUGCAGCCCACAACAGGCAUCUCAACUGCUUCAUUCAUCUGCUUGGUUCUUGGGCUUCCUGCUGUGCAUACCUCUGCUAUGCCCCAGUUUGGUUUCUCUUUUCCACCUUUUUUUUUUUUUUUUUUUUUUGGUUGGGUUGUUUAUUGUUUGGGAUUUUUUGAAAGCUAUCAUUGGAAUAUUUGCAUUUUGCACAAUGACACACGGCUGGUAAUUCUUCAGGGACAGCACUGGGAAAUGUUGGAUCUGCCAGAGGUCCAUACAGAUUCUCAGAUGUAGUGUUGCCAGCACCUCAUUAUGAGUUAGUGAUGAGCCAUAUCCCUGGGAGCUCUGUGAGUGGAAGAACAAGGAGAGGUAAUGGUGGGUAGGGACACCUCCACAGAAUAUGCAUGUCUGUCCCUCAGUAGUGGGCCUUUUGGCUGGCUGGAAGUCAAAUAGUCUUGGUGGAGCAUUGCUCAGCUUUUUUUCUCAAGUGAUUCAUUUGUUCAUGUAAGAUGUCAUGAUGCUGAACCAGGAAACCCUUGGAUGCUUAAGACAGAAGCAAACUAAAGCUGCUAGAUUUAACCAGCAUGGUGUCACUGAUUGGGUCACCACCUCAGAUUCCCUUUCCUGGGUGUAUCUCUUUCAAUAGCAAGGAUUGCUAUUUUUAUAGGUAGCAAUUAUGGAAAGAGGACACAGACCUGCAGAGUCAGUUGUACCUGGAGCAUCAGGUCAGGUUCUGUUCUGUAGAUUCUGUGGCCAGUGUUGAGAAGGUUGUCCUGCAUCCCCAGGGCUUUUUGCUCCUCUGAGGGGCUCGUGGGGUGUUUCUGGUGUGUCCAGCAGGAGGGGGGAGGUUGUGCAGUCAGGGCAUGGGGUCCCAUUGGAGAUCAUAUGCCAGCUGUCUUUUGGCUGUAGUACCCUCCACAGAAGCACUAACUGUUUUUAACAGGUGUUGGACAGAAGGAAGCUGUGUCUAAGUAAUGGCUUUGUUCCUUUGCAGACAUCACUGAUUUAUUUUGGUAGCAAUCCUUGCUAGGAGCAACCCCAGAAUGACUUGAACGUACGUGAAUUCCCUUCUCAAUACCUCACGUGUGUUGAGUUGCUUUGAGUUGAGUGUAUGUUCAAAACCUCAAGUGGGUUGAGUACUUGUGGACUGAUGAUUACUGCAAUGAAGCAAGGGUCAGGCUGCUAGUGAGGAGAUAUGGGGAAGCCUGGGGUCCCACAAACAGGCUGAAUUCUCUGCUUCUCUCCCCAACCUUCCCUUUGUAAGAAAAAAGAUGAUAUUUCUGCAUCCUGGUUAUCUCGGUGUAACCACAUAAGAUUCAAGGCUGGACACUUUGCUGAGACUCCUGAGCUGCUUGGGGCAGCAGCAGCUGUCAUCACUGGGGACAUGCUGCUCCUUCUUUGGAAGGGUCUCAGAGCCAGGUGGGAAAGCCCAGGCUUGUGGGAACACAGUGUGAGUACCUCUGUAACAGCAGGAUGCUCUGUGAGCCGAGCCCUGGAAUAUCAGUGCUUCUGCCUUUCAGAGAAGGCUUGUUGCUCACAAGGUGGAAUGAGGGAUUGAAAAAUCCCAUCUUGUUCCUUUUCCUUUCUUGAAAAAGUGGCCUUAGCUUUCUGCAAUACUUGAAUAAGUGUGUACCUGCAGAAGUAGCACAGUGACAGAGACCUUUUAAGUGACUAUUCUGCGAGGAACUGUGUGCAGUUCCAACUUUCAUAUCUCUUUGCUACCUUAAGAAUAUUAGGAAAACAAAGUACUUUUCAGCAGACAAACAGUUGAAUCUUACAAGGUAUUUAGUGCAUCUGAAGUGUUUACAAACCAACUAAAAUGGAGAAAAGCAAACUAUUGAACUUAUUUGUAAUUUAAGUGUUAAAUGCAAAAUUAUAUACAGAUGAAAAAGGAAUACUGUAAUUAACCUGCAUUUACUAGGGGGUUUUAUUCCUUGAUUUUGCAGAGCCUUUUGAUACACAUUUGCAAAGCCACCUUUUGGGAGGCUCGGUCUCCCCAUGUACUGUGUUGUGGAGAUGCUGAAAAGAAACCCAUUUAUUGUGUAUGUGUAAAUAACCUGGUAACUUGGGGUUUGGGCCAGUUUCAGCUCAUGUUCACAUCCACAGCAGCUUUGCACAGUAGACAGAUCCAAGGAUGUGGAGGGGGAUGGGGAGUUUUUUUUGUAAUUAAGAACUGUAAAAUAACCAGGAUAGUCCCUGUGUACACCAGUGUAAAUAUCUUUGGUAACUGAAAUGUACUUUAAGAGAACAAAUUCUG